CCUUGCUACAGCUACGAAAAUCCACCUCCCCGUGAUUGCCUCCCUGUCUUCCAUUCCACAUCGUCACCUCUUUUGAUACCCAUUCAUCCUCUUCCGGGAGCUCUAUCUCAUUAUCAGAGCAUCCUUUCUCACCGCCCACGCGAUUAUCCGAACACGCGAAUCUCCGACCGACUUCGAGUGUAUAGAAUCAGUUGAUUGAUAGAAUGGCUGCUCCGCGAGCAUACAACAACCCGGGCCCAGGCUACCUUCAGAACGGUGCUGGUGGUCUUCCUCCCACUGGUGCUGCACCACUUUUGCCCAACCAGGGCCGCGUCCUUCAAACCGGUCCUCUAAGAGUUCUGUGUAUUGCCGAUGUUCGAGGAAAUCUGAGAUCACUCAAUGAUCUUGCGAAACAAGCCCGAGCUGACCAUAUCAUCCACACCGGUGAUUUUGGUUUCUACGACGACACUUCCCUGGAACGAAUCGCCGAGAAGACGCUUAAGCAUGUUGCUCAGUAUUCGCCCCUGAUUUCGGAGCCCGUAAAGAAGGCUAUUCAACAAGGAGGACCAGGCCCCGUAAAGUCCCGAUUUCCGCCAAAUGAGCUUCCUCUCUCGGAGCUGCCUCUCCUUAUCAGCGGUGAGGUCAAGCUUGAUGUUCCCGUUUAUACCGUCUGGGGCGCUUGCGAAGAUGUCCGAGUACUAGAGAAGUUCCGAACCGGCGAGUACAAGGUCCCAAACCUGCACAUCAUCGACGAGGCUCGAUCAAUGCUACUAGAGGUUGGCGGUGUCAAGUUGCGACUACUUGGUCUUGGUGGUGCUGUUGUCAUGCAUAAGCUUUUCGACAAUGGCGAAGGUCGUACUACCAUUGCUGGUGGUCAGGGUACUAUGUGGACAACUCUCCUGCAAAUGGGUGAGCUUGUCGACACGGCGCAUCGAGUUUACGAUCCUACCGAAACCCGCAUCUUUAUCACACAUGCGUCCCCUGCUCGUGAGGGCAUCUUGAAUCAACUCUCUGUAACCCUGAAGGCCGACUUCUCUAUCUCUGCCGGACUCCACUUCCGAUAUGGAAGCUCUUACAAUGAGUUCAGCGUCAACCCUACUCUCGACCAUUACCGUGGCAAGCUUGCUGCCUCCAAGGCUUCUUUUAACGAUGUCUGGGAGACUGUCAAGAGUGAGGUGGAGCCUGCCAUCCAACAGAAUGAGGCGCAACAGAAUCUUCUGAAGAAUGCCCUGCAAAUCGUCGAGAAGAUGCCAACCACUGCUGCUGGUGGCAACCCCUUUGGCGGCCCGGCUGCUGGCCAGGCUUCCCUCGGACAAGUCGACGAAAGUGCCUUCAAGAAUAUGUGGAACUUUAACCUUGCUGAUGCGGCUUUUGGCUACCUGGUUCUCGAGAUUCAGGAUGGCCGUAUUGGUACUGAGAUGCGUGCUCAGGGCUUCAACUUCUCUCACCGUGGCGCCAAGCAGCAGCCCGGAAUUCCUCCCACCACAGCUGGCCCAGCUGGUAUUCCUUCUCCUACCCCUCCCUCGACCCAGUCCAGUGUCCCCCCUCCUACCAGCCGACAGCCUUCAACAGUCCAGGCUGCUAAGCCUGCUGUCGCAACUCCUCUGCCCGGCCCUCCCAAGCCGGCGACUCCCCAACCUGCCCCAGCUCGAACAGUCCUGCUCCCGCCCCUCCCAGCAAAGACACUGAGAAGGCCACAGCUCCGGCUUCCGCUCCAGCUAAUGGUUCAGCGCACCCUGAGCGUGUUUCUUCUCCCGCUCCCAAGACACCUGCCUCGGACAUCAUCGGUCUUUUCAUUAUGAAUGUCAACACCGAGGAUCAGUGUCGAGAUCUGUUCAGCGAGGAGGACAAGAACAAGAUUCUUAAGGUUGACAAGUGGGGUAACUCAAACAAGGUUGUUCAGUUCAAGACGACAGAGGACCGUGAUGCUGCUUUGGCCAGACUUCCUGAGGAUGUCAAGACUAGAACCCAGGAGGAUCGAUCCAAGCCUUUGGUCAAGAUUUUCCAGCAUCGCGAGGGCAAGACAUAUGCCAACCGAGGUGGUGCUGGUAACUGGGGUGCCAGCGGACGCGGCGGUGCCACCAACACCAGUGGAUAUCGCAGCGCUGGAGGAGCCAGUGAUUCCGAAUCUAACCGACGCGGUGGACGUGGUGGUCGCGGCCGUGGCGGAGAUCGUGGACGGGGUGGACGUGGUCGAGGAGGCCUCAAGGGCGAGACGGGCACCUCUUCGCCUGCCGCUGCUCCCGCCACACCCGCCGCCGAUUAAUACCAUACUCAAAAGUUGAGUGUCACUAAACAACCGUUAUGAGGCCCUGGUUCUUUCCAUGCGCCUUUUAUUAUCUUUGCCUGCUUUUUUUGGGCAUCACCUGCUUGUUACGCCUUGAUCUGAUCUGAUAGGGGCUUAAGCAACAGGAAAAGCGAGGAUAUCUCACCGGCCUCGUUUUCAUGUAUCGUGUACCUAAUGAGAUUUCGGAGUCGAAAAUCCUUGACAUCGAGGGUACGGCUUCUUUAGUUUUGACCUGUAUGGAGUUCAGUUGUGAAGAGAAUUAAAAAAACAUCGUUCUGGGCCCUGGAAAGCAUUUCGGAGACGUGGAUGUGAUGAUGACGUUCACGGAAGCUGGAUUAGGGGGAGUAGGUUGAGGAACGAUUUGGAAUGAAUUAACUUCCUAGUACAAUGCUAGACUGUGAUUGACUAUUCGUGAUGCUGAUCGUGAUUGAUGGACUAUUUUACAGACUAAAUUACAUGUGUAUCUUUUAGCCACCUC